AUGGGGCAUUGUUUGAGGUACCAGAUGCAUUGGGAGGACUUGGAAGAAUACCAGGCCUUGACCUUCUUGACCAGAGAUGAAAUCCUGUGCGUCCACGGCUCCUUCCUGAAGCUCUGUCCCCCCGGGAAGUACUACAAGGAGGCCACCUUGACCAUGGACCAGGUCAGCUCCCUGCCAGCUCUGAGGGUCAACCCUUUCAGAGACCGAAUCUGCAGAGUGUUCUCCCACAACAACGUGUUCUCCUUCGAGGAUGUGCUGGGCAUGGCAUCCGUGUUUAGCAAGAAGGCCUGCCCCAGCUUGAAGAUCGAGUACGCCUUCCGCAUUUACGAUUUUAACGAGAACGGCUUCAUCGACGAGGAGGACCUGCAGAGGAUCAUCCUCCGACUGCUCAACAGCGACGACGUGUCAGAGGACCUGCUGACCGACCUCACCAGCCACGUCCUGAAUGAGUCAGAUCUGGACAAUGACAACGUGCUGUCUUUCUCAGAGUUUGAACACGCGAUGGCCAAAUCUCCAGACUUCAUGAACUCCUUUCGGAUUCACUCCUGGGGAUGCUGAGGUGGCCCCAAAUACCUGCUCUGGCGGCCUUGAGGGGGACCCCCGGAACUAGGAAUUCAACCCCCGCAGGCGCUGGGGGAAAUCUGAUUAGAAGAAUGACUUUGUCCCCAUCCCUCCUUCACUUCUAGAAUACUGUUUAUUCAAUAAAGCAAAAGAAAAGCCUUU